CAUGCCUCAUUCCUAUCAAAAUCCUUGCUCUUCCUCUUCCUCACUCAAAACCCGCAUAGCUCUCCUCUCCCCAUGUCGACCCCCGCAGCCCCCGCCAAAUCGCGCCUUCGUGGCGUCGUUUUCGACAUGGACGGAACUUUGACGGUGUGCCUCAUCGACUUUCCAGGAAUGCACAGGGCCGUGCUUGGAGAAGACGAGUACGAGAGAGUCAAAGCAGAAAACCCGUCUGGUAUUGAUAUUUUACAACAUAUUGAGAACUGGAGUCCCGAGGAACAGAUAAAAGCUAACAAGAUUAUUGCUGAUUUCGAGCUCCAGGGGCUUCAGCGUCUCCAAGUCAUGCCUGGUGCAGCUGAACUUUGUGGCUUUCUUGAUUCAAAGAAAAUAAGGAGGGGGCUAAUCACUCGCAAUAUCAAAGAAGCUGUUGAUCUGUUCCAUCAGCAGUUUGGGGUAAGCUGUUUGAGGUGUGAAUUGAUCUUGUAAGAUCAGGUCAUUUAAUUAAGUUAGCUUGAAUCUGAUAAACUUAUGUAUGAUGGGAUAGAAAAGAUGGAAGUCACCAACAAGAGCAUAGCUGAGUUCCUUUAUGCCAAAUCCAAAGGAUGGAGAGGGCUGUAAAUUCCAUUACAUUAUACAUACUCUGGAAUUUGGAUGAGAAGAAUAAUUUGGCUUUUUUUCCUUUAUAAAGUUUUACUCGUAAUGAUAAUGGUUUUAGACUUUUAGUAUCUGUUUCUCAGGUGACCUUUUCUCCAGCACUUAGCAGGGAAUUUCACCCUCGUAAACCAGACCCUGCUCCACUACUACAAAUUUGUUCAACUUGGGAGGUUCAACCCACUGAAGUCUUGAUGGUUGGUGAUAGUCUAAGAGAUGAUGUGGUCUGUGGAAAACAAGCUGGAGCAUAUACAUGCUUACUUGAUGAUAAAGGGGUGUAUGACUCUCCUCAUUUUGCCAACUUGGAUCCUCAACCUGACUUCAAGGUGUCGUCCUUAACUGAACUUUACUCAGUGUUGGAGUCCAAUUUCGACCUUACACCUUGAGUUUCAAGCUUAUUAUUGAAAAAUGUCUGAAUUAAUAUAGAAUGUGUAGAUUGAAAAGGCUGCAACAGAAAGCUUCUAUGGUAGUAUCUUUCUUUGUUCCCAGCAAGAUCAUACUGGGAUGGGGGCCUGGGAAGUUCUCCUUUACUUUAGUCAUCUUUGUCAAUGUUGUGGCCUAUUAUGUCUAGCUUGUUCUUAUCCCUUAAACCUUAAGCAAGACUGCUGUUGAAUAUGCAGAUCUCACUCUAAGCCUCCCCAAUUCCACUUUUGGGCUCCCAUAUGUACUGAAAAGUAUUGUUGUAGCAAAUCAAGGUUUGAAUGAUGCAGCAGUCAACAUCAUUGAAGAAGCUUUUUUUUUGAAUGAUUUUCUUCAUAGAAGCUUUAGCAAUUUGUUGUUGUCCAAUCACAUUUCUCACAUGAUCAGCUUGGCUAAUUACAAUUCACAGAAGGUUGCUUUUCUGCACAAACCUUAAUAAAUGAACAAGGUUUUGAGGCUGGGUCCAUGAAUUGAGAUUUCAUUUUUCCUUUUAUAUUAGGUGUAGGUUCACUUCCCUCUUUCCUUGCAUAUCUCAAUGGCCUCAGUUUGUUUUGUCUAGUAGGUGAAAACUUACAUGCAACUCCACAUGUGUUACUGUUGGCCUGCUCCAUUACCAAGCCAGAGCCAUCCUUGAGGCUUACUUCAUGGGGUGGAGCCCUUUAUUAGCUGUUAAAUUAUCACCACAUGGGGCUAGCGCUUGGCCCUGCCCUUAUUUUGAAAUUCUUUAUGUAAUUUUGCCAAAAAUAAAAAUAAUGCAUAUUU